UCCCAGUGCCAGUCACAUGAAAAAAGAGUUUGAUGUGGACACCCUCAGUAAAUCAGAGCUGCGGAUGCUGCUAAGUGUGAUGGAAGGGGAGCUGGAGGCCAGAGACCUCGUCAUUGAGGCCCUGCGGGCUCGCAGGAAGGAGGUGUUUAUCCAGGAAAGGUAUGGGAGAUUUAAUCUAAACGACCCGUUCUUGGCACUCCAGAGAGACUAUGAAGCAGGUGCUGGUGACAAAGAGAAGAAACCAGUUUGUACCAAUCCCCUCUCCAUCCUUGAAGCAGUCAUGGCCCACUGCAGAAAAAUGCAAGAAAGAAUGUCCACACAGCUGGCUGCUGCUGAGAGCAGACAAAAGAAGCUCGAAAUGGAAAAGCUUCAGCUGCAAGCCCUGGAGCAGGAGCACAAGAAGCUGACUGCCCGCCUUGAGGAGGAGCGGGGUAAGAACAAGCACGUGGUCCUGAUGCUCCUGAAGGAGUGCAAGCAGCUCUCAGGCAAAGUCAUAGAGGAGGCACAGAAGCUGGAAGAAGUCAUGGCUAAACUGGAAGAGGAGAAGAAGAAAAUGAAUGAAUUAGAAGAGGAACUCUCCACUGAGAAACGGAGAAGCACAGAAAUGGAAGCUCAGAUGGAAAAACAACUCUCUGAGUUUGAUACAGAACGGGAACAGCUGCGUGCCAAGCUGAGCCGAGAAGAAGCACACACCACUGACCUCAAAGAGGAGAUAGACAAGAUGAAGAAGAUGAUUGAGCAACUGAAAAGGGGAAGUGACAGCAAACCAAGCCUCUCUCUCCCACGAAAGACAAAAGAUAGGCGUUUGGUUUCCAUAUCUGUGGGAACAGAGGGACCUGUGACAAGGUCUGUUGCUUGCCAGACAGACCUAGUGACAGACAGCACUGACCACGUGAAGAAGUUGCCUUUGACUGUACCUGCAAAGCCCUCUACAGUUUCUGCAAAUGCAAAAGGGAAUGUGUGUACCAAUGCCACAUUGGUCAGACCAGGUAUUGACAGGCAGGCUUCCCAUGGUGACUUGAUGGGCUCCUCUCUGCCCACUCUUCCACCUCCAAGUGCAAGCAGAGUUGAGGAGAAUGGACCGAGCACUGGCUCAACACCUGAUCUAACAAGUAGCACACCCUCAGUUCCCAGUAGUGCUGCCCCUCUCACUGCUCAGACACCAGGCACAGCUCCUCAGAAUUCCUCGCAGACUCCACCUAUGCACAGUUUACAUUCACCAUGUGCCAAUGCAUCUUUGCAUCCAGGUCUCAACCCAAGAAUCCAAGCAGCUAGAUUUAGAUUUCAGGGUAAUGCUAAUGACCCAGAUCAAAAUGGAAAUACUACCCAAAGUCCUCCAUCAAGAGAUGUCUCUCCUACAAGUCGUGACAACCUAGUGGCCAAGCAACUAGCUCGGAAUACCGUGACCCAAGCACUGUCAAGAUUUACAAGCCCUCAAGCGGGUCCUCCCCCCAGACCUGGAAUGUCCCCCACGGGGGAUGGUGGCACCUACUCUGCUGUCGGUCGGACAGGUUUAAAGACUCCUGGUGUAGCACGAGUUGACAGAGGAAAUCCUCCUCCUAUCCCUCCAAAAAAGCCAGGGCUCUCCCAAACUCCUUCUCCGCCACACCCCCAACUCAAGGUUAUUAUGGAUAGCAGCAGGGCUUCAAAUGCAGGAGCCAAAGUUGAUAACAAAAUUGUGGCUUCAUCUCCCUCCAGUUUAGCCCAAGGGAACAGGGUAAUAAAUGAGGAGAACCUCCCUAAAUCAUCCUCCCCUCAGCUGCCACCAAAACCAUCCAUAGAUUUAACUGUGGCACCCUCAGGCUGUGCCGUCUCAGCCCUGGCCACGUCUCAGAAAAUACAAAAGGUAAAAUGUACCAGAGAAGAGCCUUCUUGCUGGUCACCCUCCCUAACCCCUUUGCUAAUGAGUGGUGGUCCUGCCCCCCUGGCUGGCAGGCCCACCCUUCUUCAGCAAGCUGCUGCCCAGGGAAAUGUCACUUUAUUAUCAAUGCUGCUUAAUGAAGAAGGACUGGACAUUAAUUACUCCUGUGAAGAUGGCCAUUCUGCCUUGUAUUCUGCUGCUAAGAAUGGACAUACAGACUGUGUGAGAUUGCUGCUGAAUGCAGAAGCCCAAGUCGAUGCUGCUGAUAAAAAUGGCUUCACACCCUUGUGUGCUGCAGCUGCUCAGGGACAUUUUGAGUGUGUAGAAUUAUUAAUUGCAUAUGAUGCUCACAUUAAUCAUGCUGCUGCUGGAGGACAGACACCUCUAUACCUGGCCUGUAAAAAUGGAAAUAAAGAAUGUGUUAAACUCUUGUUGGAAGCUGGCACUGACCGAAGUGUAAAAACCCAAGAUGGUUGGACACCAGUUCAUGCAGCUGUGGAUGCUGGUAAUGUGGAUAGCCUCAAGCUUCUCAUGUACCAUAGAGCACCAGCUCCUGGAGACUGUUUGAGUGAGGAGGUGCCUGAGCCAGGCUUCUUUGCCUUGGAUGGGGGAGAAGACUGUCUUGAAGGCACGUCGAAGCCUGCUGUUCCUGCAGACCUCAUUAACCACGCUGACAGAGAAGGCUGGACUGCUGCCCAUAUUGCUGCUUCAAAAGGUUUUAAGAACUGCCUAGAAAUCUUGUGUAGGCAUGGAGGGCUCGAGCCAGAAAAGAGAGACAAGUGCAAUCGGACUGUGCAUGAUGUUGCCACAGAUGACUGCAAGCAUUUGCUGGAGAAUCUGAAUGCUCUUAAAAUACCCUUAAGGAUUUCCUUGGGUGAGAUUCAACCAGGCAACUGUGGUUCUGAUGACUUUGAAUGUGAAAACACAAUAUGUGCUUUAAAUAUCCGCAAACAGACAUCAUGGGAUGAUUUUUCAAAAGCAGUGAAUCAAGCCCUGACGAAUCAUUUCCAAGCAAUCUCUUCUGAUGGAUGGUGCCGUCUGGAAGACAUGACAUUUAAUAACACUACAGACUCCGACAUUGGCCUCAGUGCAAACAGUGUACGAUCCAUCACGCUAGGAAAUAUGCCGUGGUCCACUGGUCAGAGCUUCACCCAGUCCCCAUGGGACUUCAUAAAGAAGAACAAGGCAGAGCAGGUCACUGUGCUUCUGUCAGGUCCCCAAGAAGGCUGUCUCAGUAGUGUGACUUAUGCAUCCAUGAUCCCUCUUCAGAUGCUACAGAACUACCUCAGACUGGUUGAGCAAUAUCAUAAUGUCAUUUUCCAUGGCCCAGAAGGAAGCCUGCAAGAAUACAUAGCACAUCAGCUUGCACUCUGCAUGAAGCACAGACAACUGGCUGCAGGAUUCUCCUGUGAAAUAGUGAGAGCUGAAGUGGAUGCUAGUUUCUCCAAGGAACAGCUAGUAGAUCUGUUCAUCAGUAGCGCUUGUCUGAUUCCAAUGAAACAAUCUCCAGUUAAGAAGAAAAUCAUCAUCAUCUUAGAGAAUUUGGAAAAAUCUUCAUUGUCUGAGUUGUUGGGGGACUUUUUGGCACCUCUUGAGAAUCGCAGCACUGAAAGCCCAUGUACUUUCCAAAAAGGAAAUGGAAUGUCUGAAUGUUAUUACUUUCAUGAGAACUGCUUUCUGAUGGGAACCAUUGCCAAGGCCUGUCUCCAGGGCUCCGAUUUGCUGGUACAACAACAUUUCCGCUGGGUUCAGCUGCGAUGGGAUUGCGAGCCCAUGCAAGGACUGCUACAGAGGUUCUUAAGAAGGAAAGUCAUGAAUAAGUUCAGAGGUCAGGUGCCCUCACCCUGUGAUCCUGUGUGCAAGACCAUUGACUGGGCUCUGUCUGUCUGGCGACAGCUCAACUCCUGCCUGGCCCGCUUGGGCACACCUGAAGCACUUCUAGGGCCAAAGUAUUUCCUGUCUUGUCCUGUAGUCCCGGGACAUGCCCAAGCAACCGUGAAGUGGAUGUCUAAGCUGUGGAAUGCUAUCAUCGCACCCAGAGUUCAAGAAGCAAUACUGUCAAGAGCCUCUGUGAAAAGACAGCCUGGCCUUGGGCAGACUGCUGCUAAAAAGCACCCUAGCCAAGGACAGCAGGCUGUGGUUAAAGCUGCUCUCAGCAUCUUGCUUAACAAAGCUGUUCUGCGUGGCUGUCCCCUCCCCAGGGCAGAGCUAGACCAGCAUACAGCUGAUUUCAAAGGAGGAAGCUUCCCUUUGUCCAUAGUUUCAAGUUAUAGCAAGAAAAAAGGAGAGAGCAGUUCCUGGAGAAAAGUGAACACCAGUCCUCGCAAGAAACCUGGCCGCUUCUCCUCACCCUCCUGGAAUAAGCCAGACCUGAGCCAUGAAGGUAUAAAAAGUAAGACUAUAUCGCAGUUGAAUUGUAACAGAAGUGCCUGUCUGUCAAAGCAAAAGUCCUUGGAGAAUGAUCUGUCAUUAACCUUGACUUUGGAUCAGAGACUCUCUCUGGGUUCAGAUGAUGAAGCAGAUCUCGUCAAAGAACUUCAGAGUAUGUGCUCCAGCAAAUCUGAAUCUGAUAUAAGCAAGAUUGCUGAUUCCAGGGAUGACUUAAGGAGGCUUGAUAGUUCAGGAAACAACCCUGCAUUUUCAGCAGUUGUUAAUAAUACAAGAAUGCCAGUGUCACAAAAGGAAGUCAGUCCUCUCAGCAGCCAUCAAACUACCGAACGCAGCAACAGUAAAUCAAAGACCGAGUCGGGUGUCUCCAGAGUUAAAUCUUUCCUUCCUGUUCCUAGAAGUAAAGUCACCCAGUGUUCCCAGAACACCAAAAAAAGCAGCAGCAGCAGUAAUACAAGGCAACUAGAAAUCAACAACAAUUCCAGAGAAGAGAAUUGGAACCCACACCAACACGAACAAAGUAGAAAAACCUAACCAACAGGCCUGCCUACAACAUUCUCACUACUAACUCCUGUAUAUUUCUCUCAAACACCAAGGACAAGAUGUAAAUACCUUCAAACACUGUAAAAUAAAGUAUGAGUGCGGGACCACUAUUCAAUCUUUUGUAAAGAAUGUAUUUAUAACUAACUCUUCUUUUUUAAAUUCUGUAGGAUUGAACUUCAAUAUAAAGAAGUUAUGCCAACUUUUCAAGUAGUUUUUUAAUAGAAACAUUGUAAUAGUUUUAAUCAAGAUGUUCAGGGGUAUCAGAACUCUGUACUGUAUAUUGCUCUCUGUACAUAUGUACAUAUGUAUAUUUAAGGAAUCAUUGCAUAUGUUACAAAGUAUGUAUAACAUUGGCUUAGAUGAUAUGUAUCAUUUUAAAUGCAGAUCAUAAUUUUAUGUUCACUUGAUGGAGAAUGACUAGAAUGGGGCAAUAAAUAACAAAUCAUUUCUAAGCAGUUAUUUUCCAUUACAAGCCAUAUUAAGUAUUUUGCCUGUUAAAUUCUAGUUUUACAUUUUUGAAUACUUUAUUGGCUACAUUGCCAUUUGGUUGCAUCAUGUAUAUAUUUAUGCUUAUGAGUUUGCAUUAUAACUCCUGUAAAAUAUGAAACUAUAAUGCAAUAAAAGUGUUAUCUUUCUUAAAAAAAAAAAGUUUUGUACCUAAGUGGAUAUAAGAGAUACCUGCAUAAAGACUUCAAUAAAUUAAUUUGGAGUUAAUCCCCUCUUAAGUAUUAUUUCUAUUAGCACAACUGAUAUUAAAAUUGAUAUUUUCUAGAAGUGAUUUUCUAAAAGUAUUGAUGAAAUUACUUAUUCAACUCAGUUAAGAUGCUUUGACACAAAAUAAAACAUUGAAUUA